AUGCCUGUAGGUGACGCUGAUGUUGACUUCUCCGAAGAACUACGAUAUCCAUCUGAGGAUGUCAAUGACAACGGCAUCGAGCUAUCACAUAUAGACACCGCUGUACGUCUAUGCUCCCCGCGAGGCUUGUUGGCUUCCUACCCUGCCCUUGAGCGUGCGUACCAAGCACGCGAUGAGCGCGACCUGGCUGCCGCAUCUUACAUGGACCUUGUGGCAACACGUCCAACAAUGCUUCCUAUUGCCGAUGCCAUCCACUCUUUGGCGGACAAGAUGAGAGCUGUGGUAGAGGAUAAUCGCCAUCACAUCCCUUGUCCCCCAAUGAUGUCAGACGACUCCGAGGAUAGUCACAUCCUUGGUCUCGUUAACGGUCAAGUUAACACAGGACUUGAGGACGCCAUCGACGGAUUGCUGAACCUUAACACAUCUGUGCCGUCUCUAUCUCCUACUGCCCAGACCGUCGCCUCAUGCGAAGCUAAUCCCUCUAGUCAAGGCAUCAUAGAUGGUGAAUACUCUCGUUCUGUCCACAUCUCAGUUACCUCCCUAACCACGCUUGGCAGCAACACAUGA